UUUUUUUUUUUUUUUUUUUUUUUUUUUCCCUGCCGAGCAGUAGAUAAGGGUGGGGCCGCUUCCCUGCAGCAGACACGGAGCGGCAGUGGCUGCGGCACCAUCGGGAGAAGCGGCCGCAGCAAUGCUCGGUCUCCGCUGGAGGUGAUCGCCUCCGAGCCCUUUCUAGGUGGCUGGCUGCGACGGGACGCCUCGGAGAGGGGGAGCAGAGCCUCGUCCGUGGCCCCUGAGGCCACCCUGCUCGGCCCUUCCUCCACGCCAUGGCUUAAGCCCGCAGCCACCUCGCCUCGCGUCGCCUCGCUUGGCCGGGGUCCGCCGCCGCCGCCGCCGCAGGGAGGGGCGCGACCCAGACGCCCUCGCCCGGGGACCCCGGGACGCUGUGUGUCUCGCCCAGCGCUGCCGCAGCAGACUGCGCUCCCAAGACCUUUGCGGGCGGCUUCCGGAGGCGUCUGCAGCCGGUAAUCAAUCGGGGGACUUUACGGACUUUUGUCCCGGUGAUAGCUUGACCUUCCUGGGUGCUCUCUGAGGGAGAAGAGGAGGUAGCUCGGGCCGCCGAGGGAAAGGCUGUGGGAGCCGGACUGGCUGGUCGAGUGCCGAGGGACUGAAGUGAGGUUAGAGACUUGCUUUAGAACCACAAAAAAGAAAGAGGGAGGGCCAGCUUUGCAGCCCGCAUCAUGGCGUGGCCGUGCAUCACGCGGGCCUGCUGCAUCGCCCGCUUCUGGAACCAGCUGGACAAGGCGGACAUCGCCGUGCCGCUGGUUUUCACCAAGUACUCGGAGGCCACCGAGGCCCCCAGCGCCCCGCCGCAGCCGCCGCAGCCGGCGCACGCGCCCCCCUCGGCGCGGGCGGUCGCCAUAGAGACGCAGCCGGCCCAGGGCGAGUUGGAUGCAGUUGCCCGGGCAACGGGGCCGGCGCCCGGGCCUAGCGGCGAUCGCGAGGCGGCGGCGCCCCCCGGCCGCGGCGCGCCCGGCGCCGGCCCCGGCCCGGGCUCCGGCUCCACCUCGAGCGCGGGCCCCGCGGACUCGGUGAUGCGUCAGGACUACCGCGCCUGGAAGGUGCAGCGGCCCGAGCCGAGCUGCCGGCCGCGCAGCGAGUACCAGCCCUCCGACGCGCCCUUCGAGCGCGAGACCCAGUACCAGAAGGACUUCCGCGCCUGGCCGCUGCCGCGCCGCGGGGACCACCCGUGGAUCCCCAAGCCCGUGCAGAUCCCCGCGUCCUCCCAGGCGUCGGGGCCCAUCCUCGGGGCGUCCAAGCGCCGGCCGCAGAGCCAGGAGCGCUGGCCCGCGCAGGCCGCCGCCGAGGCCCCGGAGCAGGAGGCGACCCCUGGCGGCGCCGGGGGCCCCGCGGCGGGAAAGCCCUCGGGUGGGGACGAGCGCGACACACGCAGGAAGCCCGGGCCCGCCUGGAUGCUGCGCCGCGCCGAGGGGCAGGGGCCGGAGCCGACGCCGCCGCCGGCAGCCCAGGCCCAGGCCCAGGCCCAGGCCCAGGCCGCGGCCCCCGAGGCGGGCAAGGGGCGUGCAGCGGCCGACGCCCUCAACAGGCAAAUCCGCGAGGAGGUGGCGAGUGCGGCGGGCAGCUCCUACAGGAAUGAAUUCAGAGCAUGGACGGACAUCAAGCCUGUGAAACCGAUAAAAGCCAGGCCCCAGUACAAGCCCCCAGAUGAUAAGAUGGCUCAUGAGACCAGCUACAGUGCCCAGUUCAAAGGGGAAGCCAAUAAGCCGACACCAGCCGACAAUAAGGUCAUCGAUCGCAGAAGAAUACGCAGCCUCUACAGCGAACCUUUCAAGGAACCCCCAAAGGUGGAAAAACCUAGCGUUCAGAGUUCCAAACCAAAAAAGACCUCAGCGACCCAUAAGCCCCCGAGGAAGGCCAAAGACAAGCAGGUGGUGUCGGGCCGGGCCUCCAAGAAAAAGAGCGCAGAGGGCCCCAGCGCCACCCAACCCGACGACAAGGAGCAAAGUAAAGAGAUGAACAAUAAACUGGCUGAGGCUAAAGAGUAAAUUUCACUGCACUUUCCUUUUAUUCUUCUCCCCCCCCCCUUUUUUUUUAAACCAACCAACCAACAAAAAAGGCCACAAAAUUGCUUAGAGGCUUCUCCUCUGCCUUGGUCCUGAGUGUUCCAGGAGCUCUUGGGUUUGGUUUCAUAGACGGAGCGCAUGCCUCGUCCUCCAAAUCUAGACUGGCCGGGCUAAGUGCGGCUCGGGCGUCCAUGCCGCGGGGGCCCCCCGGAACACCAGGAACCCCGGGAAGCGUUGUUCACUGGUUGUGCCUCCCACAGCAGGUGGGACUGCUCGCUGGCUGGUGAGGGAGGCAGGUGGGCCUUAGUGCAGAGGCGCUUCCUCACGGCCGGAAGAGUCCCAGUGGCACCUGGGCAUGCCCGUAGGGUGCCCUCCUCUUCUCCCCCCACCCCAGGUCUGUGUCAGUGAUCCAUUCUGAACCUUAGGUAAAUGCGUUCUUUUCCAAAAUUCAAACGGUUAUCACGAGCUAGAGAAGCUCGCCUUCGGGGCUUCGGUGAUUGACAACAUUUCUGGAAAUAUCAAGAAAGCAAAAAACCUUGGCCUUAAUGUCCAUAAAGUGAAUUGUGUCUGUUAAGUUUAAGUGAUUUUUUUUUCUAGGCUUUUCUGUUAGAAACGUGGGACUGCGUUUAGUUUCCUAUCAGUGGGCUUUGCGUUGUACUCUAAGUCCUAGAUAUGCCCCUGGUGACUAAAGGCAGGCCAGGGUGAGAAGGUUAGGUGUUUGAAGUGCAUUUUAGAUAUAAUGGGAAGAUGAAAACAACGAGGAGAUUGUUCUCUGUUUACCCUCAGCCCAUCCAGUGCUACCAAUUUUGCAGAGCAACUGGUUACAAAUGACUGAGGCAGAGAAAGUUCAGGGGGUAGGGGUAGUGUAUUUAGAAUGUGGCUUCCUUGCUUCUGAGAAACACAAGGUGGGAAGUAGGAUGUAGUAACAAGUGUGGCGAUGUUCACUCUCCCUCCCUGAGCUGUGUUUGCUCUGUUCCUUGGAGAGGACAGAGGAUUCUGGGCUUCAGGUUAGUGGAGGAGUCUGUGGCUUAGCUAAAGAUUAGGAGAGUUCCCUACUAAGUGAUUAGCAAGAAUUUUUGACCUCACUGAUGAAUAUGAAGCAGCUCUCGCUGUAUCGUGUUUCGCGUGUCUGUGUGGCCAGCGCCCCCUGGGGUGGCAAGUGGCACCUUAGUUGUGCUAGCGUUGUGUUGUAGGCAUUAGUCAGAGAGUUGUAAAAAGACCCCUAGUGCUCACAAGGGAACCCAAAAUACCUACCAGAAAAAUUGCAUUUGCAAACCUUGUGACAUGUCCAUUGCUCGGUAUGCUUUGUUACUCCUGUGCUUUAAGUCCUUACCGUUGCCAACACCGUGACGUGGCUGGGCUGUCGUCUGGUGCCACGCCUCUGCUGUGGAAGGACAUUGGUGGUGAGCAGGGUCCCGGAGCUCCUCACCGCCGCAAUCCCUUUCAGUCCUCGUGGUGUGGAGGACGCAGGGCCUCCACCAGGCCUCUCCUGUUCUGACCAUUCAAGCAGCAAAGUCUCUGUUUACACCAUUCUGUUGGUCACCUUGGGGCUGAUUGAGAAGUCUUUUGCAGAUUCAUUGAGUGUGUGCUUUGUGGGCCACAUCUGUUAAGAGAACAAGACUCCUGGAAAUGAGGUGCUCAGCCAGGCCCACUGUCAUCUUCCUUUCUAUCUCAGGGUGUGGAACUGAGAUGAAGCUUCACAGCAGUUGGAAAAUAUUAGGGAGUUUCAGUGUUUGUGCAUCAUGAAUUUUGAAGCCUGUCUGGAAAUGACCAGAGCAGAUCUGAGUACUGAUCCUAGCUAUUUGCUAGCUAACCUUAACAUUAACCAGAGAGCUCUGUCAACAUGAUCUUAACUUUACCCAGAUAAUUUGCCAAUGUAUGUUCAUUCCCUCAAGGUGUGGCAUUAGUCAGGCAUGUUCAUGUUAGCCACAAUCUGGAUUUCUCCAUAGAACAGUCAUAUAUGCUUUGCAGAUCAAGUAAAUCAAAACUUCCGAUGCCCAGAGGAAUAGUGGUUCCACCUUUGAGUACUGAUUGCCUGUGUGCCAGACGCCAUGCUAGACGUGCUGGGUACCAUACAUAAAUCCGUCCCCACAGCAGCACAACCAGAAGAAUACUUAGGACUUGAUCUCUGUGUCUGAGUCAAGUUUGUUUGCCCAAAUUGUAGCUUCCCACCCUCCUUGCAGCCCCAGGCACUGAAUUUCCAACCCCGGUCCCCUUGCAGCUUCAGAUGUGACCUAAUGUCUUUCCAACCCUUCAGGCUCCCCGUCUUUUUAACUCCCACAACUGAGAAAACUCUGAUUUGUAGUCCACUUUGACUCUUGAAUGUGUCACUUCAUGGCUAGAAACUUCUUUGAUUUCUACUGUUUACAAAUAAAACUCAGCCAGUCUCAUUCUGUAUCCCAAACAUACUGAUCGAAACUGAUUCUGGUUUCACAAAACAGUGUUUCGGUUUUGCCUUUCUGAAGAUGACCAAGCUUCCAAUGCCUGUCUCUCCCUUUCCGUAAUCUCCCUACCGAUUCCUGAGCUCCCCUGGCAAGAGAGCGAGGCCUGAAGCUUUCCUAUUGUCUGCUUCGCUUGCCUGCAAAAAUAAUCCCUAAGGCUGUGUGUUGGCUCCCCCAAGUGUUUCGUUAUCUGCUGGUGCUUCCAACAGGUCCGUUCUACCUUUGCCUCUCCAAGGCAGACAGGAAGUGUCUAAUUACGAUUUUGUGGCCUGGAUUUUGUUGCAUACCACAGAUUGUCUAUGUAAUGUGUAGCGCACACCUCUCUUGGUGCUAAUUCAUUCCUGCUGUUAGUAAGAAAAUGACGACAAAUAUUCAUGUAUAGCCAAUUGAUUGUGACGUGCUUGUGGUCUGUGCUUGCUCAGAAACAAACAAACAAACAAACAAACAAACAGUUUUUUUUUUCCAAUUACAAAUAAAUGCUAAAGACGAA